AUGGCUGACGAACCCCCCGCUGUCCUGCGGCAGGCCGACCCGAACAUCUACAAGACGGCCACCCGCGCGGCGCAGCUGCAGUCCGUGAAGCCGAUUGUGUCCUACUGGUGCGAUUACUGGGUGCUGAAGCAGAUUCUCGCAAAGGGCCUGCACAACAGCAGUCCCGACAUACUUGAGUACAGCUCGCAUCUGAUGGACAAAAUGGAACAGGCAAGUCUGGGAGAAGAUCGUCAUAGAGAUUCUCGGGAUACUGACUCCAGACAGAUCAAAGCAGAACAUGCUACCGAAGAUGCGAUCCUCGAUGACACGGCUGGCCAGGCCUACGUGGAGCAGUUUGCGCAGGAGACGCUGGACCGGGCGCAACGUGUCGUCCGGGCCAACAAGGUGACAGCAAUGACGGCAAACACAUUUGAUGCCGCCGCUUCGUUCUUCGGCCUGGUCAACAUCUGGGGGUCACCGGAGCAGGAGAACCUGCAGAAAAUCAAGUACGCCAAGUGGAACGCGGCACGAAUUCUGAAGGCCCUCAAGGAAGGCAAAGAUCCAAACGAGUCGAAUCCGCAUCUGGACGAGGAGGAGCCCGGACAGGAGCUGGAGCCGCAAGAGAGCUUGUCGCCUGGCCCCGCAGCGCCAGCAGUCAUGACACCACGACCCGUGACGAUCGAGGACGAGGAAGAAAACGACGGCGAUCUGCAGCUACCCGACGCCCCUUCUGCUGCUGCUCAUAUCGAUGACACGAAUCCGUUACGUCCGUCAGCACCACCGGCGAUACCAUCGGUGCCGUCUUUUGACCCGGCUGACCAGGUCGACGCGCAUGAAUGGGCGGCUCCCACGCCAUCUCCCCCGGCUGUCCAGCCGGAGCCGUACUACCAGCAGCAGCCUCAGGGUUUCUCGUCCGCGCCCUCGGCAGUCACAGGCUUCCCACCGCUAUCACAGCCACGGGCGCCGGCAGCAGCAGCAGCAGUCGAUGAAGCAGCAAUGGCGAUGGCGCAGAAACACGCAAAGUGGGCCAUCUCGGCAUUGAACUUUGAGGACGUCACGACAGCAGUCCGCGAGUUGCACAGAGCGCUGGAAUUUCUGGGUGCUUCCUGA